GUUUUUCUGCCUCACGAGAAAGUCUGUUAUAUCCCCUUGUAGUCCAGCAUACUCUGAAUUAAAAAUGUGUUCGCUUCCCCCUUCCCCCGAACUGAGGACGCAACUCAAGUUACUUUAAAGCGGGAAUCAGACUACGUUUCCCAUGAGCCCACGUCCCUCUUUCGCCAUACAGCGUUUAAUCUCCGUGGACGGUGGCGGAAAAAGGACAAUGGUUUCCAUGUCAGCGGAUAAACGCGCUUCCCUUAGCUCCUGCACGAGAAGGAGGAUGUAGUAAUGAGAGCGUGCUGAGGAGCGAGAAAGGCACUUAAAGGAGCCGGCGACCAAUAGAGCAAGAGCCAUGCUGCGCCGGGGCUUAGUGGCGGGGCCAGACUUUGAAUAUUUCCAGCGUCGGUAUUUCACUCCGGCUGAGGUGGCCCAACACAACCAGCCGGAAGACCUUUGGGUGUCUUACCUGGGAUACGUGUACGACCUAACGCCGUUGGCAGAGAAGUACAAGGGUAAGGGCCACACUUUGGGCCAGCGUCGGGGUGGGUGUUUGGGGAUGCCUGGUUCUUGGGUGGCUAGCAUUGACGGCGGCUGCUCUUUCCCAGGAGACCUGCUGCUGAAACCCAUCGUGGAAGUUGCAGGCCAGGAUAUCAGCCACUGGUUUGAUCCAAAGACCAGAGACAUCCGCAAACACAUAGAUCCCCUGACCGGUUCCCUGAGAUACCGCACCCUCCGGGGCCGCUUUCUGCAUGUCCCACCUCAACUGCCCCGUUCGGACUGGGCCAAUGACUUCGGGAAGCCCUGGUGGCAGGGGUCGCAUUACAAGGUGGGGCGGCUGUCCGCCAAGACCCGGAACAUCCGCAUCAUUAACACGCUCACGUCGCAGGAGCACACACUGGAGGUGGGGGCUCUGGAGUCAAUGUGGGAAAUCCUACACCGCUAUCUCCCCUAUAAUGCACAUGCUGCCAGCUACACAUGGAAAUAUGAAGGGAGGAACCUGAACAUGGAAUGUACCCUGGAAGAGAAUGGGAUCCAGGAUGAGGAGGAAGAAUUUGACUCUCUCAAUAUGGACGGUACACUCCACACACCUGCAAUACUGCUCUACUUCAAUGAUGACCUCACAGAGCUAUAGGAAAGAAGAUAUAUGCUUAUGUAGACUCAAGACAUAUUUUGAGUUUGGCUCUUUUUGUGCCCUGUAGGAAAAGAAGUGAGGAUAGCGGGUAGUGCACAGACCUAGGCCUCCAUUCCACUCUGGGAACUGGCCUGUGGUUCCCAUGCCCUUCUGAAGUGUUAAGGUCAUAUUUCUCAGGUCUGUUAUAAUUUACUCUGAGAAUGUUAGGGGGAAUGCUAGAAGUUAAUUAAUUUUUACAAACGAUACAAGAAGACAAAGUAUCUUGGAUUAGGGAGAUGUAGAAGAGGAUGGUCAAAUAGAGCUCAGGCAGAACUUUUUGACAGUAAGAGAAACAGAAGUCCUACACUGGGAUGAGGGAUUGAAGAACUGUUUUGGCAAUGAUAGCAAUGGGAUGGCUGCAGGAAGGUGAUGUUUACAAAGACAGGGAUAGGAAAUGUCUACCACUGGCCAUACAAAACUGGCUUAUCUCCCUUCUGAAUAGUAUUUGAUAGCUGAAACCAAGGGAAAGAAAGGAAAUGAACUGUUACCAGGCAAUUCAGGCUAGAUAUUAUGCUGUGUGCUUUAUACACCCUGUUUAAUACAGCUACCCCCAUAAGAUGGAUACGAUUACCACUAUUUUACAGAUAAGUCUUUUGAAGCUUAGCAAGAUUUAAUAGCACAAAGGCGCACUAGUUAAUAACCAGGAUAUAAACCCAUGUCUGCCCAAUUCCAAAGUCCAUGUUCUUUUCAUUGUAAACACAAUAUGUCAAUGUCUUAGAUUCAUUGUGCAGUGGGAACCUGUAGGCCUACUGUGUAGUCUGCCAUUUUUUCUGCAGUUGCUGUCUUUGGAAGGGAGUUAGCAGAGGUCUGCAGUAGCACACCGAAGGCAGGGAGGGCUAAGUGUCAGCUGAACAAUACCCGUUGAGGCUACUUCCUGGUUAAUCCCAUAGCAAAAUUUUUCUUCUGACUUUUUUGAGACAGAGUUGGGUAUAUACUGAUUCCAGGAACAACUAGAGUGGAGAAAGGGACUUCAGAGAGGGACACUUUGGAUGGGGAAGCAAACAGGAGGCAAAUGCCACAGUAUAUUCAUAAUGGGCCUGUGCCUCUUAGGGAAGGUCAGGAAGACAGGGUCAACUUGGCAAGAUGUUGGCUCUACAAGAGGAGGCUUGACAGAGUAAUGUAAAGAGAGCAGCUAAGUAAGUCAAAACUUCUGGUGACCAAAUGAGAACAACCAUGGGGGCCAAUGGCCAGAUUUGGUCCCAUUUAACCUAAGUAGGGGAGGGGAAUGAGAAUAACAGGUGAAUAUCCUGACGGUAACAGGCAAAAAAGAAGCAGGGAGGGGAUAGUGCUUCUUCCUGGCAGAGGGCACCAGGACCCAGAGCAUGGAAGGGUGGCCCCUGUGAGACACUGGUUGGGCGGCAUAGGAGUUUCCUGAGGGACUGAUUGAAAGGCAUGGACAAAGGUGGAGACAUCUGUUUUGGCUUUAGCAGUAUCUGAACACACUGUGAGACGGGGGCUUCCAUUCAGUCCCAUGUGACGCAAGCGUCCAUGAAUUAUCUGGACUUGUUUUGCUGUUUAAUCGACUCUGCAUUUGUUUCAUGUGUAUCUUGUUUGCUCAGUUAAACCCUAAACUAUUUGAGAACUAAAGCUAUGCUAUUGCUGUGGGCCUGUGCCAGCCUCAGGGCCUGUGCCUAAGGGAUCUGCCCAAACCCUUCUCUCUCCCAGUCUCCUAUUUCAGUACCUGUUGCCAGAAACACAUCCUUCUCUUCACAUAUUCAGUCACUCCAAGUAGAUUCUAACUCCUAAAUAUCUCUGGAAUCUAUCUUUUCUCCCACCUUUCGUCACAUCUCUGUAGAGUGCUAUGGAAACUUCCUAAUCAGUCUUCCCAUGUCCACUUCUGUCUUCCACACACAGCAGUCAGAGUGAGCUCUGAAAAAAAUAACCUAAACAUCUAAAUUUCCUCCUUUAGAUUUAGUGGCUUCCAGUUGCUUCUGGAAUAAAGUCUUAAAUUCAAAGUCCUUGUGUAAAUCAGCCUCUGCCUACCUUGCAUAUCUCAUCUUGUAUCACUCCUUUGUUCCCUGUGUUCCAGCCACAGUGGCUGGCUUUCAGUUCAUUAAAUGUCUUCUUGCCUCAGAGCUGUCUCUGCUUGCAGUGCAAUUCCUUCCAUUUGUCCCCUACCUGAUCCUAAAUGUUUCUUCCUCAGGGAGACCUUUUCUGAUUUCUCAGUGUAGGUCAAGACUUUCUGUUAAAUCUUCUCUUAGCACCAUGCAUAUUUCAGAGCACUUAUUAAACUGUAGUGUGAGAAUUACGGAUAUAAUUGGCUGGCCAGCUGCUAGAUUGUAAUUUCAUGAGGGUAGAGACCACGUGCAUCUUGUUCCCUGCUGUGUGCCCAGUGUUAGGCACAUUGUUGCUGCUCAAUAAAUUUUGAUUUUGAACCCAAAUGUUAAGUGAAUUAAUCUCUCUGUAGUAACUAGUGGAUGGGAUGUUGUGUCUUGGGAGACAAGGUGGAACCAAGAAAUAGGAUGUCUGGAUCCUGUGCUGUAAUCUCUAUCCACAGGUUUCUUUCCUUGCUCUCCAGAUACAAGACCAAAAAUUACUCCCGAGGUUCUUUAUAUAAUACCUCUCACCAGAAAAUUUUGGGGCAAUCUACCUGUUAUUUCCCCAUAUGGCCACCAGGUGGCUAUAAUCACCUACAGAAUCUGGGAGAGGGGACUGGAAGAGGGAAAAUACUUUCAAGUUCUAAAGUGGUUAGGAUUAAAGGUCGCCGAUUGAAAUUUAUAGGUGGGAGGGAAGGAUCAGGAAAAAAGGAAAAACCACAUGGCCACUAUUCUAUUAGCAUUAUGUUUAUUCCUGUUUUUAAUUUUUUCCACAAGCACACUCCAACAAAGGAGUGUAGUUUGAGAAAUAAAAUUCAUGGGAUAGGAUAAAGGGAUCUGAUUGCAAGUGUGGGUUGUAUGGGGUGAGGCACAGAGCUGUGGGAGGAAUAAAGACCACAGAUUUUUUAAGAUAACAGAGUACAUCCAUUUAUUAAUAUUUACUGACUUGGGGAUAUAAAGAUUUCCACUAGGUACUACUUUGUUCUCUAAAUACCCAAGACUGGAUAUUUGCAAGAAGAAUAUGUACGUAAUGCUUUGGCCUAAAACCUAGAAACUAAAUAGAACAUGAGUGUGGGGUCCAAGUUUUAUUGUGGGGAUCUCUUUCAUUUUGGAUGGAAGUAGGAUGGCAGAAUAUUGAAAGCUGCCUGUCCUUAUCAGGCAGCUUCAAAAGACUCAGUUGGCAAAUAUUUCCCACAAGCCUCUGUCCUUAUAUGAACACAUCAAUGGUGGUAAUAAAGAAGUAUGUGUUCCUUGCAGGAAGCUUGCCCGCUCAUUGGGAUAAAACAUACAUGAAAAAGGACCAAAUUAUGGUAUUGAAAAAGUUUCCACCGUCAAUCACAGGUGGAUUCUUAACCUGGACCUCCAGAAAUGGUUUCUAAAUAUUGUGUGUAUAUGUACAGAUGUGUAUUAUUUUGGAGAAAGGCACUAUUAAUUUCCAUCAGUCUGGCCCAACCUUCUGCCUCUGAACAGUGUACACACACACACACACACACACACACACUGAAAAAGUAAAAUAUCAAAGGUGGCAAUACAAGGUGGCCCCAGGAUUCCUGGCACCUGCCUCAAUGGCCUACCUCAACCUGUUACACCUGUGCUCCCAUGGCAGCAAUCUCUAAAGCUUUAAUACUUGGGGCAAAGUUUAUGACUAGUCCCAAAUGCUGAUCUAGAUGUACCUUGGAGCUGAAUGAAGGGAUCUAUCAUUUGGGCUUAACUGACUACAACACCCAGUCAUGACAUCAGGAUAAGGUUAAUGCACCCAGCUUCCACAGCUGAGUUUAGGUAAACCACAGAGAUAUUUCAUGCUGGGAAAACAGCCACUUUAUGAUGGACCAGCAGGAGUACAUGAGGUUUAGCUGUCGAGAAAUCAGACAGAAUUUGAAACCUGAAUGAUCUUAGAAGUCAAACAUUAGGCAUUCAAAAUACAAGUAAAUAUGCAGUCCAAGGACUGGGUAUUCUAGGCACUUGGGAAAGUCUAAAAAAGCCUGGUGAAUGAAUAAGUGAAGCGUGACCACUAAAGUGGGGUCAGGGGUAAAGAAGGUUGAGAUGAGGACCAAGAUGGUAGAUAGACUGUUAGAAUUAAAUCUCCUACUGGGAGUUCAGUUCCCGCCCUUUGGGAGCUUUAUGUUUAGUGGGAACUUGGGCAUCCACUUUCAAUCAUCUGACUUAAUCAUCUCCGUAUCCCCAGCAGCCAUAUAAUGCCUGGCAUGGAGUGGUAUAAAUACCGGUUUCAGAAAUGAAUGGUACACAUAACCUCCACUAUCCAAAAUGUCUGGACUUAGGAACCAAAUAGAUUCAGAUAAUGUGGUGUCCCUUGCUAUUUGCCCACUCUCACUAUUUGAAGAGAGCUGAAGAGAUCUGAAUAGUAACAUCUGUGCUGAUAAAUUCUUCCAAUUUUAUAGAAUAGUAAGGAAGAUGAAAUAGUCCCUUGUCCUCAAUAAACAGCCUAGAGGGGUCGUUACUACUCCACUAUAGUGUAUCAGUUGAGAAUGUAUUUGGCUGCAAGUAAUAAAAUGCUAACUGCUGGGCUUAACUACAAAGGGUUAAAAGUGUGGUGUAGUGAUUCCACUAGAUAGUUCAUUAAUCUCAGGUGGCUCCUGUUUUUGUCCUCAUGUUUAUUGCCUUUUUGACUGCCCUACUUCUAGCCUUUAUUGUAGGCAGGAAGGAGGAAAAGAAGAAAGGGCAGUUCCUGUAUCAAAGCAAAAACUUUCCCAGACAUCCUUAGCAGACCUUUGACUACAUCUCAUCGAUAGGAAAUGCAUUACACAAGCCUUACCUGCAACGGAGUCUGCGUUAGUAUUUUAUAUUGACCUCCAUGCAAAAGCAGGGACCACUACUAUGGAAGGAGAGAAUGGAUACUGGGUAGGAACCAGUGAUGUCUUCCACAAGAAGUGUGAACGUGCUAUUCAUCCAUUAACAAAAAAGUUCUAUUAAGCACUUUGUGCCUGGUCCUGUUCUAGGUAUUGGGUUACAGCAGUGAAUGAGACAGGCUCCUGCUUUAUUGGGACUUAUACUCUGGUGGGAUAAACAAGUAGACAAGAUCAUUUCAGAUAGUACCAAAAGCUAUAUACUACAUUUGUGUGUAUAUUUUAUAUAUAUACAUACAUAUAUACACACACUCUGUUUCCUCGAAAAUAAG